CCAUUCGUGAACAUCAUGAAGUCGCCACUAUCGGCGGUAGUUUUACUGACCGUUGCUGCAAACGCCAUUGCACAACAGGAACCGGCCUACUUCUCACACAAGGGCAAGACCUUCGAUGUAGAUGGUUUUGAUGCCAGUUCAUACUCAUACACAGGUUUCAAUAAGUAUGGAAAGGACAAGUAUGGACGUUCUUACAUUGAAGUUGAAAAUGGUAGCGGUGCCGCGGUAGAUGCAGGGGGCCGCAAGAUGGCCACCACAGAAAAACCCGCUAGCACCGGCAAUGUCGAACCCACCGAGUCCGGAGACUGGGAGAACUAUUGGCCCAGUUUCGGAAACGGUAAAGAUCGUGUUCACAAACAAGAAGGUAUCAUAAGAGCCGGCAAUGGUAAAAUUAUUGACAAGGCCUGGUACCACAUCUCGAACCGCCCAGCCCCUACUGUCACUGAAACUCAAACUCAAUACGAGUUCACAGAGGUGUAUAUUACAAGCUCUGUGGCACCGACUGAAGACUUUUGGUGUGAUGGAGGUUGGAUCCAGAUCACCAAAGAGGGAGAUCUUAUGGAUGAUGACUGGGCUGUUGCCUAUAUCACCGGAUACUUGCAAGUGAUCGGAGCCAACGUUGAUGACGUAGACACAUACGAUUGGUGCGUAAAUACCAAAGACGUAGAUAAUGCUGGCGCAUGUGCUCGCCAGCAGGCAGCAUCACACAGUCCUGCUGAUAUCGCUGCCGCUUUCACAGCUGCUACCGACGAUCAUACAUCUCAAAUUAUUCUGUUCGUAUGUGACCUUCCCUGUUUAGAUUCCAUCUGCCAGCUGACACAAGAGAACUACUCCAAGUUGACUCCACUGCGUCUUACCGAAAUUGCUUUCACCAAAACAUCUGGAAGUGCUCGCGACGUGAACACCACAUGCUUAGAUGGUGAGAGCGUGUACGCUCCGAGCAAUGGCAUAGGUAGCAAGACCAUACGUUUCUGUCCUCAAGGACAGGUAUGCAAUACAGACAAUGAUGCUGGUCCUGUUCAGCCUGGAAACCCCUUCUGCGAGUGCCAGGCGUGCCCAGAUAUUCCUUUCUGCCUCUCACCUACUUGUGUUGUGGAGCAAACCGCUAGCGUCACUGAUGCCCUGCCAGUCUGGAUAAGCACACCCAGUUGUCUGCCCGUGAAUAGUCAAGCAGCAUGCCAAUCCGGAUACUACUACCACGCAGUGAGCGAAAAAUGUACCAUUUGCAACUCCUCGCCUAAUUGCCGGUCAACUGUAUGCACUGGCCCAUCGAAUGCCAUGUGCCCCUUCGGUUCAUGUCAAGGAUCUUUCGUCAACACUGCAGCACCCGGAAAAGCUGGUACAUGUUUCUGUAACGAUCCCAACGGCUGCGGUAACCUGUGCUCUACUGACUACGUGUGCGAGCUGGAAUUCGGACUCGAGUACAACCCUCUUCAGGCUGAUACCCGACCAUCGGUGAUGGGUAGGGGGGCGUUCGGGACAGCUUACCGUGGCAUCGAAUUGGUGACAAAGCUUACGUAUGUGCAAGUUUCUGUGCAAGUUGAUAUAAAUGUAAAUGCUUCGCAUGAAAUAACGCUGGCCGCGCACCACCUUUUCAGGUUGAUCGUCAAGGCACUACAGAGCGAGACCGACUUUGAAUCGAACCGCACCAGCGUGGAGCACGAGGUCGAGCUGCUAGACAGAAUCACCGGCCUACUCGUGUCCAAGAUACUUGAUGAAUAA